UUUUUUUGGGGGGGGAGGGUUAGGAAUUUUACUACUUUAGUGAGAAAAAGUAACUAAUACAAUGCCCACAAGCCUUUAAUCAUUAAUAUGCUUGCACCUAAUUGACCUCUGAGCACUUCCCAAUCAUAGAAGAUUUCUACAUUAAUUCUUUUGUAUGUUUCAAAAUUCUACCUUUAGUUACUAGGCUAACAGUUACUCUAUACAAAGUCAAGGAACCUACUAAGGAUUCCCAGUUGCUAGUGAACUGGCCCGUUAAGAAUUCUUAGCUGUUGGGCUGGAGAGAUGGCUCAGUGGUUAAGAGAACUGAGUACUCUUCCAGAGGUCCUGAGUUCCAAUUCCCAGCAACCACGUGGUGGCUCACAACCAUCUGUGAUUGGAUCCGAUGCCCUCUUCUGGUAUGUCUGAGGACAGCUACAGUGUACUGUAUUAAAUAAAUAAGUAAAUCUUAAAAAAAAAAAAAAUUAGAACUGUUUGACCCUAUCUAUGACUUUCAGUGUUGGUUGCCUCUUGUAUUUCGGGGAACAGGAUCAGACAUUAAAAAGCCAGCUAAGGCUGAGAAAGGGAACUGGGCUACCAGAGUGAGAAGGGAAGGCAGUUGGUGGAGAAGAUAUGCUGAGGAGACAGUUGAGGUAGGAGAAGCUGAGCUGAGCAGAUAGGCUAGAACGGCUGUUACAGUUUGGAGCUGCUAGGAUUGGGAAAACUGGGAGGAGGGCUGGCAGGGAGUUUAGCAAACUGGUAACUGUUCUAAAACAGCUAGCGAUUUUACAUAGGGAAUGAUGCUGCCCACAUUCAGAAUGGGUCUUCCCUCCUCAGUUCAACCUCUCUGGAAAUGCCCUCAAAGACAUGGGAGGUAUAUAUCACCCAGGUGAUUCUAAAUAUUGUCAAGCUUAUAAUCAGGAUUAACUAUUAUAAGUCACCCUUUGCAUGAUACUCAAACAUAUUUUUAAGUCAUAACUUUCUGCCUCUGGACUCCAUAGGCUUAUGCCCACCUUAAUGCUAACUGCAUGCAUUUCAAUAUCAAAUUUCAAAACUGUUAAAAAUUCCAAUGUCUCUUCGUACUCUGAACCACCAGAGAGUUAAAAAACAAGUUCUAUACUUCCCAUAUACAAUGGUACAGAAUUUAAAAAAUCCCUAUCAAAAGAAAAGAAUGGGAACAUAGCAAGGACAGUGUGGUUCUACAUUUCGCCUUACCAGUGGGGACCUCCUCUCAGGCAGACAAAAUGAGAGGUGUCCUCACUGCCAUCAGGGUGUGAGAAUGGCAGAAAGCAGCCUAAUAUGGAGACCCCAACCCGGGUAAGAAACGAGACAGGCUGAGGCCAAGGAGGUAGGGGUUCUUAAACUCCUGGGCAUCCAGUGGCCACUGGGAACCUCAUGGAGUCAGAACGAGGGGGCCACACAGGCCAGCAACAAGCCUGGGGGUGAGGAUGGGAGGACUCUGGCUUAGCUUAGGGGUGAAUGCCCGGAUGGUGGUUCUUGUUGAGAGAGACAGUCCUUGCUUGUUCAAACUUUAUUUCUUUUUCACCUUGGAAAAUGGGUGCAUGUGAUUUACUGAGGGUGGACCAGAGAUUAAAUACCUUUUGCAGGAAGGAAUGUCCAGGAAGGGACACUUACUGGCCAACCCAUCGAUACCCCAUUAGCAUGGAGAACUGUAUUGUGUUCUGUGCUGUUCAUGUGGGGCGUUGUGGUCAUGGGCUCCAGGACAGGAACAGGGUUGGCAGUAGAUAACAACACCUACCAUCCUCAGAUGCAGAAGUACUUGGGUUUCUGAAUCGGCUCAGUCUUCCCCGUUUUUGUCUGGUGAUAUGGUUCCACUUGCCCUGUAGGACAGAUCAGGCUUUUAAAGCAAGGCUGAAGACCCAAACCAAACACCCAGACCUGAAGCUCUAUUUGUUGUCUGGAGAUCUCGAUAGCAUCACAUGUGUGGGAGCUUGAUUGAAAUGGCAUCCCCUAUUUUGGGCAUUUGAAUACUUGGUCUCCAGUUGGUGAUGUUCUUUGGGAAGUUAUAGGAGGUGUGCUCCUGUUGGAAGAGUAUGUCACUUACGGCGAGCUUCAAGAGUUGAAGACUCUGGAAGUUGAAGUAUGCUUUCUGCCUAUAGUUCGAGAUAGCCCUCCAGCCUGCCUGCUGCCAUGCUUUGCCCCUGUGAGAGUGAUAGACUCUUACCCUUCUAGAACCAUAAGCCAUAACCCUUCUUUGUGUAAGUUGCCUUGGUCCGUGGUAUUCUAUCACAGCAAUGCAAAAGUAUCUAAUGCAGAACAGAAUUCAAUACCAGGGGUGGCCUAGUGCUGUGGAGAACCUGAACAUGUGGGGUCUGGGUGGGAUGUGGAAGGCUUUGGAACAUUGUACUACAUAAGCCAUAGAAUGCUGUAACAGGGCUCACCAGCUCAUCCUAGUAGGAGCUUGGAAGGCAGUGCAGAGAGCUUUGCAGACAAUGGAGGCCCAGCUCAAGAGGUUUAGAAGCAAUGUUAACAACUGGGUUAGAAAACAUUCCUAUGCGUUUGGAGGUUGGGGCUGUUUUCUGCCCAUGUUCUAAAAACCUACCUGAGGCUAAAUUUAAAAGUAAUGGACCAAUUUCUUUGACAGAGAAUUCAAGAUAGCCUAAUAUUUACUUUGUCAUGCAGUUAUUAGUAGUCUUAAGUAAAUCUACAAGGAAAAAGAACAACUGGGCAAAAGGAAAACAUACUUUUUGAAAAGGAAAAAAGGUGCCAGGAGACUUACUAUUUCAGCUAAUGCUGUGAGAUAUAAGGAGAUUAUACCUGAUCUAUACUGAAGUAAAGGAAGGGACACAAAUUCGUGAAUAGAAAAGGCCUAUCUAAGCAUCUAAGCAAUAUUCUGCUCCUAGAAAGGAUAAACAGAAGCUUCUGUAUUUAAAGGGGCCAAGUAUCUAUCUCAAACUGAUAGCCAAACUUGGUUGUCUAUGUGAACAUGGCUUUUAGAGUCACAGAGGAUAAUAGAAUCUUCCACAGUUUCAGAGAGUCAAUGAGGCUGACAAGGGUGUCUGUGAUGGUUUGCAUAUGCUUGGCCCAGGGAGUGGCACUGUUAGAAGGUGUGGCCUUGUUGGAGGACGUGUGUCACUGUGGGGUGGGCUUGGGGAGACCCUCCUCCUAGCUGCUCCUCAGUCUGUUCCUGGCUUCCUUUGGGUGAAGAUGUAGAACUCAGCUCCUCCUGCUGCCAUGUUCCUGCCUUGAUGAUAAACUCUUAAGGUUCAGAGGUUCAGGACUAAACCUCUGAACCUGUAAGCCAGCCCCCAUGAAAUGUUGUCCUUUAUAAAACUUGUGUUGGGGAGCUGGAGAGAUGGCUCAGUGGUUAAGAGCACUGGUUGCUCUUCCAGAGGUCCUAAGUUCAAAUCUCAGCAACCACAUGGUGGCUCACAACCAUCUGUAAUGUGAUCCAAUGCCCUCCUCUGGUUUCCUCUGAAAACAGCUACAGUGUUCUUAUGUAUAAUAAAUAAAUAAUAAAAAAAAAAAAACAACUUGUGUUGAUCAUGGUGUCUGUUCACAACAAUAAAACUCUAAGACAAAAGUCCUCACUUAGAGAGCAUUGUUUGAAGCUGUGAAAGUAAAGUUCUGUUGUGUUGGAGAUCCCAAAAUUUUGGAGCUGUCAGAGCCAUGGGACAUCUCUCCUUAGAGUUGUGUACAGGGGAUGAAACCAGCCCAAGAGACUAAAGUUACCAGUAGCAGCACUGGAAGGAAGGGCAGAGUGAUCUAAGUCAGCCCUUUGACAUGAGGCAUGGAAAUACCUCAUGAGGCAUGAAGUUUGUCCCGCUGAGUUUCCAUCUGUCUUCCUUGGGUCUAGUAUUCUCACUAUGCCCCGAUUCCUCCUUUUGGUAUAGUAAUGUAUAUUUUGUGCCAUUGUAUUUUGGAAGUAAAUUGCUUUUUUCUAUUUUACCGGAGGGUUACAAUUAAGAGAUUCUGGAGUCUGACAUGAGACUCUGGACUUUUAAGCAGCAUUGAGACUAAAAGACUAAGAAGUCUUCUGAAUCUUCGUAUUCCCUGAAUAUCUUUUGUGUUAUGAUAUGGCCACAAGUCUGUAGCGGCCAGGGCGUGGAAUGUGGUGGUUUGAAUGCUACAUGCCCCUCCAUAAUGCUGGGCAUUUGAACACUUGGUGCCCAGUUUGUGGCACUGUUUCGAUAGGAUUAGAGAGUGGUCUUGACGGAGGGAGUAUGUCACUAGAAGUUGGCUUUGAAAUUACAGAAGCCAUGUGUCAUUUCCAGUUUGCUUUCUGUUUCCAGCUUAAGGUUCAAGAUGUGUGUUCUCAGCAGCUCCCCACUGUGAGGGAGAUAGUCUUAUCCUUCUGGAACCAUAAGCCCCAAAUAAACACUUUCUUCUCUAAGUUGUGUUGGUCAUGGUGUCUUAGCACAAUAGAAAAGUAACUAAGAUAGUCUAGAUUGUAACAGCCUUGAGUAGUCCCUUCCCUCCAGGUUGGCCUGCCGCAUAUGUGACCUUGCUCUUGGCCAGCUUUCUUAGGUGGGCAUCCAUCCCUAUAGUCCUGGAUAUCUCUGUUGUAGAUGGCUUCACCUGCAUGGCUUUUGUACUAUGACCUCUUAGGGCCACCUUGUAGCUACUCUAACCCUGACACACAAUUGCCUGGCCUUAGUGGCCAUGGUGCUAGCCUCAUAAUGCUGUCUUGUCUUGCAUACCUGCAAAAGUAGUGCUGUUUGAAUAAUGACGCAGGCUCUGCUGCCAGCUUCAGGAGUAGCUGGUCCCCUACACCACAGCUAUGACUUCCAUGCAGCAUGGCCAUUCAAGCUGAGAACACUCUUUCCUAGGCAUGUCGGGGUUUUGUUUUUGUUUUUUGUUGUUGUUCUUGCGGGGUUUUGUUUUUGUUUUUUGUUGUUGUUCUUGUUUGUUUUUGAUCAGGAGACCUCUUCUUCAUUCCAGUUCACGCUCUCUCUUCAGUUAAAAAUGCAUCUUUCAUAAUAGUCUUCAACAGGCAGAAAUGAUGAUCUUAAUCAUGGACACCUUUCCUGUUAAUGUCAUUACAGGAAGCAGAGUUUCUCUUUAAAAGCACCAGUCUCUAACAAUCGCAGCUGCUGUCUUCACGUGUGUCUUUUCUGCAUCUUUACUUUUAUGAUGUGUGUGUUGCAUGAUGGGUUACCAUGAGGUCAUGCCAUAGCAUACAUUCGGAGUACUGGAUGAAUGAAUACACCUCAUCUAUCGGAAUUGGAGUUUUUCAUUCUGGAAUUGAAGUAUAUGGCAGAGAAUUCGCUUAUGGUGGCCAUCCUUAUCCUUUUUCUGGAAUAUUUGAAAUUUCCCCAGGAAAUGCUGCUGAGCUAGGAGAAACAUUUAAAUUUAAAGAAGCUGUUGUUCUAGGGAGUACGGACUUCCUGGAAGAUGACAUAGAAAAGAUUGUGGAAGAGCUGGGGAAAGAGUACAAAGGCAACGCCUACCAUCUGAUGCACAAGAACUGCAACCACUUCUCCUCCGCCCUGUCAGAGAUUCUCUGUGGGAAAGAGAUUCCUCGCUGGAUCAACCGGCUGGCCUACUUCAGCUCCUGUAUACCCUUUCUACAGAGUUGCCUCCCAAAGGAGUGGCUCACUCCUGCGGCACUGCAGUCUAGUGUCAGCCAAGAACUCCAGGAUGAACUGGAAGAAGCAGAGGACGCAGCCGCAUCCACUGCCAUGGCAAGUGCUGCAGCUGGAGGCAGAACUGGGCGUCACACUAAACUAUAAUUAUGAUCUCUGCCGUCUGCCUUCAGAACGGUCUCUGGCAGUUGAGUGUCACUAGAGAAAAAGAAAAUAGAGUAAAUGUCCUUUGGAUAUUUUGUAUGCAAAGAUGGCUCUCCCCCAAAUCCCAGUUUUUCAGCUCAGGAUUAUAUUUGUAAUCAAAAACAAAAAAGAAAAAAAAUCACUCGGCACAGGAGGGAGAACUUCGUACGAAGCUGCCCUCUUCUCUUUUCUUUUUAACCCACUUGUAAAUUUGGAUUCACUUCCUCUGUUUUAUACGAGCUCUGUUAAAUUACGUUUACAGUAUUUUGUACCACUGUUUACAAAUCUUGCAUGGACUUCUGCCACCGUGAAGGAAGAGUAUCCUCCUCUUCAGACGUGAGGCAGACCAUCUCUGUACACUUCCUGACAGCUGCAGAGCCACGGCCUAAUAGUGGGCACAAGAGAAGGCUCUCACGACUGCAGGUCUCAUCACCUGCUCACAGGCUGUCCCUUAGAGUCCCAUUUGGCACCCAGACACAGGAGUGCCAGCUGGCCUCAUGUGAAGGAGCACACAUGGCCAGAGGGCUCCUUGGGCCCCAGGUCAGCUCCUUUCCACACCUCCUUCCUGUUCCGAGCAGCACAUUCCCCAAGGUGCCCAUGGAGCAACUGGUUUCAUCCCAAACACACCUGCUCAGCAGGGGGGGGGUGUCGUGUCUGCCGGCUAGAUGCCUCUGACCCUUUAAUGAAGAUGUGUUCAUGGAAGACACUCUUAUAACGAUGAGUGGUUUGCACAUGUCUUACAGAGGGGCCUCAUUUUUACUUUAGUACAUUCUAAACUCCUCCCUGUACAGGAUAUUUUUGGUGGGCUGGGAGUAUCCUAACCUAGCUUCCUGAGCAGCAGUCUAAACUGACAUUAAACUGCUUUUUAACUAGCCAGACUACCUUUUAUACUGGACAUUGAAAACUAGAAUCUGAAACACACCUAACAUUUAAUACUUGUGUACACCAUAUCAGAAAUGGCUUGUUGGAGUUUUAGUUCAUGGGGGAGUGGUUGCACCUCAUAAUAGAGAUUCUAUUUUCAUUGAUAACUUGUUAAAAAUCAUAUUUUUGUGUCUUAAAUUCAUCUUUUUAUGUUCUCAAUGUACAUCUCUUACAUAACAUACCCUUAGGAGGAAGUUGUGCUACAGAUAAGUCUUUAGCAAGGAAGUCAUCUGUUAGAGUCCAACCCCCAGUGAGCCUUGGAUGUAGAACCAAUCAUUACGUCACAAUCAAUGUUCUGCCUUAAGAGUGAGUGUGUAAGUGGAUGCAACAUAGGAACAUCCCAGGUACUGACUGCAGCUUCCGAUGCAAGGUUAGUGUGGGAGCCACAGUCUGUGUGAGGACGAUACAUGUCUUUGAGUAAAUGACAUCUUUAACUUUGCCAUGAGCUGAUUUUGAUUGAUACUUAUUAACGUAAGCACACUCUCUUUAUAGGGAAAGUAAACCUUGGGUUAUUUGACACUUUGUGCUGUUUGACUGUUCCGUUCCAGAGAAGAAAGUUGCUGCAGGUUACUCUGCCAGGGGGCGGGGGGGGGGUGCAUUUGUUUUAGGAAACGUGCAGCAAGACAGGAUUGUGGGAUUGUGGUCUUUAUGAAGAGUUGACGUAGUUCAGUUCUGAAAAGAAGACUGAGGACAAGACACUAAUGCUCCCAAGAGGUGUUCACUACAAAAGCCCAAGCCCUCAGCCCAGCUUAGUAGGAGUUGACUUGGGGUUUUCUGUUUGUUUGUUUUAUUAAUCGUGUGGAUCAUGGUGUUUCUAUGAGAUAUAAAAAUGUUUUGACCCAAGGGAAUGGCCCCUCAGUUAGACAUUUCUCGGUAAAUAGCCAGGAACAUCUCUCUGCUCACCCAUAGUUCAGCAGCUCAGCACACACACGAGUGACUUGCUGUUCUCACACCUGACUGUGAUAUUUGCAAUUUGAAGUAGUGUAAAAGUCUUGUAGGAGAUAAACAGCGUGUGUGCAGGUCACCUGAGAGUCAGGACACACGAUUCUUUGCACUUUAGUGUACCUGAGGUUAAGAGGAAGAGAAUCUCAUUUAGUGAAACCUUCUCUACAGUGCAAAUUAAGAAUGGGUUAAUUAACUUUGCUUGUCUUGCCCUCAGAAGAAACAAUCUUGUUCUCAGCAUGAACUCCUAAGAAAACCCCUAAGUCAGAACCCGAGUCAUGAAUUCACAUGUGAUCCCGGGAGUCAGAUACAGCUUUUGUAGUUGCAACCAAGUGAACUGUUUCUCCUGGUAGGUGUUCAAACAGUAAUAGCAGUGAAAGAUCAGGUAGCUGGGUUCUGGUGCUUGUUUUAAAUACGCUUGGGCUUUUAAAUCCUCACUGGGGGCAUUGGCUUUAGAUUGUGGCUUAUGGGGCUGUGGAAGGCGGUGAUUGUCCUCGAGGCCUGACCUCCAGCCAACUCUUGCUCUGACUCACAGCAAUAGCAUAGCUACCCAUCACCAGCAUCUUACAGAGCAGGGAACCCCAGGUUUAGUCCAUCGAUAGAUAGCCUGGUGCGUCUGUGUGCGUGUGUGCAUGUGCGUGUGUGUGUGUGUGUGUGUGUGUGUGUGUGUGUGUGUGUGUGUGUGGUCAGGCACCGCAGACAGCAGCAGGACUCUUUCCCAUGGCUUCUUCCAUCAGAAGACGGGUAGAAACACGUUCACUGCUUCUCAGCUCUAACCAUUGUGUCGUCCUGUGGCUCCAUUAUGUCUUUACUGCAGCUUUGGUGUAUGCUGUUUUCCUUAAAUGACUAAUUUUAAAAGUUAGUUUUUUCAGCAGUGGCCAUCCCAUUUGGGCCAGUAUGGUUUGAAAGUGUUGCUUGGUUGUUAGACUUUCGUUGUCUGCUUGGUCUGUUCACACACAUCUCCGCUGUCAACAAGUGGGACGGCUGUCAACAAAUCUUCAUGGACCUGAAGAGAAUUUCUGUGAGGAUGACUGCAAGUGUACUGUCACUCACAGUGUCUCUAAAACACCAAGAGCUCUCCCUCCCUUUUGCUACCUUGAUAUAGCAUUGGGUUAUCAUGUCACAACAUUGGAAUACAUCGAUUUAUUAAAAACUACUUUUAUAAGAAAUGUUUAUAGUUCUUUGUGACCUCUAAGAGACACCACUGUUCUGUAUUUGUGCUGGGAAGGGGUUAUUUGUACAAUCCAAGAAUUCCAUCUGCUCUGCGGGAGUGGGCCAGGUUCCUCUGUCACGCCUUGUAUCCACAGCUUCCCUUGCUCAAACAGUAAGGACUCUUGGGCUCCGUCCCUGGGCCAACACAUUGGCCAUCAGAGAGCGCACAGGCAGCAAGUGGCAGCCCAGAUUUCUGGGGAAUGGAGGCAGAGUGCUGACUGGAAGACUCUCCCCACCUUUCAGCAUUAAGUGGGAGCCUGAGUGCUGAUGCUCACUUCCUGUUAGCCUCUGCUGUGUGGCACUUCCUGUUAGCCUCUGCUGUGUGGUACUUACUGUUAGCCUCUGCUGUUUAGCACCUCAAACCUGAAACUUUGCCUCUCACCUCCAUUGGCCCUUUGUACCUAGCUCAGUAUUUACCUCCACUAAUUUAAGUUUUUCCCUAAAAUUGUUAACAAGUAAAUGAAUAGUAAUUUAAUGAUCCAACAAGGGUUGUCCACUCUUCGCCAAAUAAGAGUGAUCUACUGUAACCAGGCUGUUCUCACCUCAGGGACAUCCGUGGGUCUCUUAACACCGUAAUCUCCUAAUAGACUCAGAUCUGCUAAAAACAACCUAAGGGUCUUCCCUAUAAAGAGAGUGCCAGUAAUACUGGAGACAGUUUUUUUUAAUUGUCCCUGUUUGCCCAUGUUUAGGCCUUGCUCUGACUUCAGGAGUCUGCGCUAAGGAUGAUUAAUGACUUCUUAUGCUCUCUAAGAGAUAAUUUAGUAGCAAAUAGCUUUUCUUCAUAUUGAAACAAAACAGAACACUAAAGAAAUCUUCACUGGCUUGGUUAUUUUCAGAGACCAGAUAAGCCUCGAUGUGCUCUGAAGAUCUGCCCUGGCUGGCAAGAAUUUCACAAUCCCACUUGGGAGUGACUCCGUCCCGUGCUCUGAGGCAAGGAAUAGUUAGGGCUGCCAUCUCCAAGCCUUCUCUGGCCUUCACACUGGGAAGCACUCACUCUGAUCCACAGGGGGCCUCCAAUUGGAGGAAGACAUUGUCUGUCUCCUUGUUUUCUCUCAUCUCCCAAACUCAGGCAGGCAGUGGGAUUUAUCAUCAGGACAGCCUACAUUGCUUCUGAAGCCCUCAACCUAUCUCAGGCUACCUUUAGGCCCUAUGUGAGCCAGAGGGCUUAGGUAUGGUUGCCCAGGUUGCUAAGCCAGACUCCUCAAGGCAGCUUGACUGUCCUGAAUACACAUGUGGUGUAAAUUAAGGAAGGCAGCUGGAACUGGAGUGGCGGUCUGGCUCUUAGGAACACUGGCUGUUCUUCAGAGGACCUAGGUUCCUGUAAUUCCAGAUCUGGGGGAUCUGAUGGCCUCUUCUGGCCUCUCUGGCCUCAUAUUAUACACAGAGACAUGCAGGCAAAACACUCAUUAAAAAAAAAUUAAGGCAUUUUGGUGUACCUGGGGGUGCUCAGUCUAGGUGACUACUUACCCUCAAACCUGGGCUGGAACUUUCCAAUGGCAAAGCUGGAAUAUGCUCUAAGGGAGCAGAAGCUGCCAGAGUUGGCCAUCAGGAAAGGUACAAAAUGCAUGCCUUCCUCUUCUGUCAGCAUCUGUAAACAGACACCACAGGAGUACCCUAGUGUGGCCUCCAACUUGUUUAAAAAGAAAAAACAAAAACCUACCUUAUAUUGAGGACAAUGAAAAAGGGAAGUCCUUUUGUUCUACCUCUGCCCUGAGUCGGGGCUGCCGUGGGUCACGUAAAUACAUUUCAUUUAUCACGACAUCCUGUGCUUCACAAAGACAGUGGAGAGGUCAUUCAGCCUAAGAUCACACAGAUUUCCUGGAUAAAGUGAAUGGUGGGAAAGGCUGAUGCUAUGUGUGUUGGCGUUAAGUUCCUGUCCACAGUCUGGAGAGGUGAACCUCUGAAGGGCUUAGUCAUGGGUCCCCCUCAGAAUCAGUAGAGGUGGAGGGAGGAUUUUCCAAGUUUUUAAUGAGUUUGAGUCAACCCUACAAACUAUUCAAGGAGGAACCACAAAGUAAAACAUGGACUCAAGGACUUCAGAGACUUACCUAGAUGCCUCUAAACACCGGGCUGAAGCCAGGCUGUUCUGUCCUAGAACCACCUUGAGCUGUCAGGAACAAGUCCAUCAACCAACCAUUCAUGGCGAAGACCCAAACUGCCCAAACUGCCAUCCCCAGGGACCUUGCACAUAGCCUCGUGUGUUACUGUUCACCAUUACUGUCCCUUCUGACACUUCCAACAUGACAGACAAAAAUGCUUUAGUGGGUGACACUUUUUUUUUUAAGAUUUAUUUGUUUUAUGUAAAUGAAGAGAGCACCAGAUCCCAUUAGAGAUGAUUGUGAGCCACCAUGUGGUUGCUGGGAAUUGAACUCAGGACCUCUGGAAGAGCAGCUAGUGCUCUUAACCACUGAGCCAUCUCCCUAGCCCGGGUGACACUUUUCAAGAAGUACCUCUCAGCCACACCUUGUGUCUUGAGAAGCCCUCUGGACCUCUGUUCUCUAUUUCCAUUGUUGUUUCUGACAUUUCUCCACUACAGAACCUUCAGCCCUGCCAGGUGCCACCUGCUACUUCACACUCUUCUGCUCACUGUCUUCCUCCACAGCUGUUUCCUGUCCUCAUUCCCAGUGACCACAUCCACACAGAUGGCAAGUGCUAUUUGCCUCUGUCAUCUUGUCACCUUGCCCUCUAGCUGCCAGCACCUCCCACUCCUCAAUCGUCAUGUCCAUAGUUAUUCUAUCCACACACAUUUCACCAUCAUUCCCCAGUCGAUAACAUCCACCACUGUCCCAGUCUUAGACCUGAGACCUAUUAUAGGGAUGUUCUAGACCACUUCUAAAAUUGUUAUUUCAAGACAGGGUUUCUCAGUGUAACCUUAGCUGUUCUGGAACUCCCUUUGUUGACGAGCCUGGCCUUGAACUCAGAGAUCCAUCUGCUCUGCCUCCCAAGUGCUGGGAUUAAAGGCAUACAUCACCAUGCUUGGCCAGUUCUGGAAUCUUCAUUCCAAGCAUUUCUGGCCAUUACCUUUAGGUUUACCCCAAUCCACUUCUCUAUAAGGAAUCAUUGGCCUUUGCAGGAUCCCAAAGCCAUUAAAUCUUGUACUUAAAAAUGUCUCCUCUCUAACCCACCUAUCUCUCCUCUCACUCAAACCAAAUCUGAUUGCCAGCAACUAAGUCAUUUCCUCCUCUGGUCCCUCCACCACUUACUUCAAUGUCCCUUUAUUAAAAUUUUCUGGCAAGCUAACCUGAUUGGGAUGUAGACUAUAUCAGAGUCUGGCUGCUGAUGCUGCAUGUGUUAGCUUGACUUUGUUUCUGUACAUAAAGCAGUGAGUGGUCACUCACACUGCACCAUGGUCUACUCUUGGUCCCUUGGAAGUCAGCUUCCCACAUAUAUCUCAGUUGAGACCCUCACUUGACGCCUCAGUAAAAGAUGUUAGGUCACUUGGCCUCUGGUCUCCUAAUCUAAAGUCUGUAUCCAGAGACACUGUGCUACCAUAGGGGGUGCUUGCUACUUUUGUAAAACACCCCUCCCUCACCUCUCCAGGCUGUACCUCUAACAAUUAUUCCCUGUUCCUCAACAGCGCAUUUCCUCUCUCCUGUCAGCAGCUAUUAUGUUCCCUGGAGACCUGCUAUGACAAAAUGGAUCCUCUCCAUCUCCACAAUCAGAAUUUUCCAACUCCAUGUCCCAUUCACUAUUUUGAAAAUCACUUUGAUUUUGAGUGACGGAUACAAUAGAGUUUAGGGCUUCGAGUGUAGUUCCCAGGGUAACAAGUGGUAGUGCCCUUGACGAGUGUAUGCAAGGCCCCAGAGUUCAUCCCAGCACUGUUUGAAAAGUAAGGGCGUGGAGAAAGGCUGUAUAUAAUGUAUGUGAACCAUUUAAAGGACGAUGGAAUGAACAGCAUCCUGUACCCACCACUCAGCUUAGAUAACAGACCUGGAGAACAUGUCUAGGCCCCUCCCCCAUUACUACUCUUCCUUCCACCAGAAGAGGAACCAACAUCCUGAAGUUUGUGUACAUUGUCCCUUUGGUCUUCUUUUUCUUGAUGGUUUUAUCUCCUGCAUAUGCCUAUUUUUGAGCUUUGUAUAAAUUUAACUCAUAUAUACCAUGGUUUUUAAAGUCUCUAUUUUUAUAAUUCAUGCAUAUUUAAUAUGUAUAGUUCUAUCUCUUUCCACUACUGUAUUCUACUGUAUUCUACAAGCACACCAUGAUUCUGUUUAUACAUUUUCCCUUUGGCGGACAUUUGAACAGUUGCAGCUUUCUCACUGAUAAGCAAUACUUUGUGAAUGCUGUAAGGUGUGUAUGUGCUGUGAGGAUCUCUCUAGGAACUGCUAGGAAUGUGUGUGUUCAAACUUAUCGAUGUCAAAGAACAAUAGAGUCUUUAUUACACCUUUAUUAAAUAAAAUCCUGUUCAGCCCUCUC